GUCGUUACUUAUGAGUGUCCGCACUAAGCAUUAUCCAUUCUUUAUCCCCCUUGCUUCCUAUCCAGCUUAAACCCUAUCCAGCAACCAUAAGCAUGUCGCCAGGUCCCGUGGUUGAAGCAGCCCACCCUGACACUGAACUCCUUCCUAAUCCUUCCGCUGAGGAACCCCAAAAGAAGCCUUUGGAGGAGGCUGUGGUUGAGGACGUCAAGGAAAUUGAGAUAGAAGAUGACGAGGAGGAGGAGGAUGACGAUGAUAAGGAAGAUAGUGCUCAGGGUGCUAAUGCCAGUUCAAAGCAAAGCAGAAGCGAGAAGAAGAGCCGGAAGGCAAUGUUAAAGCUGGGGAUGAAGCCUGUUACUGAUGUAAGCAGGGUCACCAUCAAAAGAACCAAGAAUAUAUUGUUUUUCAUCUCCAAACCUGAUGUCUUCAAGAGCCCGAAUUCUGAGACGUAUGUCAUCUUCGGCGAGGCUAAGAUAGAGGAUUUGAGUUCUCAGCUACAGACCCAAGCUGCUCAGCAGUUCAGGAUGCCGGACUUGGCCUCUGUGAUGGCAAAAUCAGACACCUCUGCAGCAGCAGCUGGAACAGCAGCGGAUGAGGAAGAGGAAGAAAUCGACGAGACUGGAGUAGAGCAAAGGGACAUUGACUUGGUCAUGACACAGGCUGGGGUGUCGAGGAGCAAGGCUGUCAAGGCUCUCAAGACUCACAAGGGGGACAUUGUUAGUGCUAUUAUGGAACUUACCACUUAAGUUGUCUUUCCUGUCUUGCAGUGCAUUCUCUCAGGCUGUCGAUGAGGUUGCUGAAGUUCGGAAUUAGUAUCAACAUUCUAGUAGUUGCAGUAGUUGCAGCAGUUGAGCUAGGUCAUCUUUAAUAUCUUUUUCUGAUUUUAAAUUUUCUCCCUGUUCAUUAUCAGCUUCCAUGUGACUGAUUGCUUCUUUACCCUUGGUGUAACAAAAUUUUGCAAUUUGAUUCAACUUAUUUUUGGCCCUUCAGAACA